GUUUAAAUGAUUAUAAAUAACGAAGAAAUAACACAUUAAUAUGAAGUUAAAAGACAUCUGUUGUGCUUGUUUGAGUGUAGAAAGGAGUUUAACUCCGCUACAUUGUGUACGCGAUGGUAUAAAUCUGUUUUCUUUACUAUCACAGGACCUCAAGGAUUUUAAGACAGCCACAGAUAAGAAACACUAUCAUGUUUGCUGGGAAUGCAGAGCUCUUCUGAGGAGGCUAUAUAGCUUCAGACAGCAAGCAGCAGUUGCUAGAAGACAACUAGAAGAUAUCCUCAACGACAGUACUGAUGUAGACAGCAACAAAGAAUGCCUCUCAAAAUUAUCAUACAGCUACAAAAGAUCCUUCGAUAGGGAGUUAGUUUAUACUUAUAGUGAUGUACUCAAUCAUACCAUAGAUAAUGAAGUGGACAUACCAAAAUGCCAUGAAAUAUCCAUAAUAGGAGACAUCAAAGUAGAAAGUGAUGAAUCAAAUCCCUUUUCAGAUUUAAACCUCACAGAUAUUGAUAUAGAGAAUGAUGUUAAACUAGAACAUGGACAUGCCACGAAACAGGAAGUGGCAAACCAAAAUGGCGUCGAUGAUGACAAUUAUUUUACAAUACACAUCACGAAAGACGAAAUUGAAGAAAACAAACCAAGAAGGAGGGUAUUGGAAAAGAAAUCAAAUGUGACAGCUAAACGGAAAUGCGUGAAAAAUAAGAAAAGCAAUUUGAAAACAGUCAAAAAAGAUCUUGAAGAUGAAAAUACAGAAGAUACGAAGCAGGAAAUACCAACAGUUCCAAAAACUAGACGUCACAGAAAGGUUCAAAAUAGUCCCAAAAAAGACUCCACUUACCCCUGCGCUGAGUGUGGGCAGAUUUUUACGACUUAUACUCGGAGAUACGAACACAUAAUGAAGUACCACAAGGAAGGAUAUCAAUGCGCUACGUGCGGGAAAAAGUUCCACAUAAAAAAGUCUUUUUUGAGACACGAAAGGGUACAUAUAGCGAAGACCCUACCCCGUCAGAAGUGUUCCAUUUGUGACGUCAUGGUACGCUGCGACCUGGUGCAGGAGCACGCGGCGCGGCACGCCAGCACGGACCGCGGCACGUACCGCUGCGUGCCGUGCCAGAAGACGUUCGCCAACAAGAACUCCUACAGGAAACACAUGACCGAAGCCAAGGCGCAUAUUGUGCCUGACAAAGACAACAAGUUCUCUUGCGAGACGUGCCACAAAUCGUUCCCUACGCUCAUGCUGUACAACUGCCACAUGCGUUACACCAAACGCCACGCCGUGCGUGCUGCCGUCUACCGGUACAAAUGCUCUAUGUGCGACAAGAGUUACCGAAGUCCCGCGGCGUUACGCGACCACGUGAACUAUGUGCACAUGGGCAAGACACAGCACAAGUGCGCCGAGUGUGACAAGGCUCUGGCCAGUCCUCAGUGCGUGGCUCGUCACAUGAAACUGUUCCACGGCGGAUACAAGUACCCCAAGAACAAGUUGUGCGAUACAUGCGGGAAAGCCUUCUCGUCAAAGAAAGACCUCCGCGAGCACGAAUCCGUCCACACCGGCGAGCGCCCACUUAAAUGUGACAUAUGCGGUGACUCAUUCCGACAGAGCGGAGCCCUAUACACGCACAAGCGACGCGUUCACAAAAUGGCGGCCAAGCGAAGCGUGCAGCUCGAGACAGCGCCGGACGAGGCGGUCGAGCGCCUUGUACGCAGCUGCGAGCUGGACGAGGACGAGCUCGUCAUACACAGAGUCAAACACGACUGAUUAUAU